GGAUUUCCGACAGCAAGCUGCAGGCAACCAUCGAGCGCUUCCACGAAGCAGCAGGUCUGGACUCCGGCAAUUGUGAAUUGUUGGAGGGCAACCCAGUGAUAAAGAAGAUGAAGGCUGAGCUCGUGGAGAUGCAACGCCACAAGAAGAACCACAGCGAGCAGCUCGUCAGCAUGCAGCAGUCGACGCCCACUACUUCUUGUAAUGCGCGGGCGAUUCGUAACAUGUUUGAAGGUAACCUUGCCGGCUUUAACUUCGACGGCUCUAACCCCAGAGGCCGUGGCAAAGGACGCGGCAGCUUCCCCCGGGCGCAGCCCGUGCCUACUGCGCAUGAGAACGGGCCCAUCAUGAUCAACAUGGUGACUACGGAGACACACGAGGCCGCCCCCGCAUGUAUGGCAUAUGCAAAGAUCGGGCUGAUGCAUUGA